GCCAGAAAUGUCACGUGUCAUGACAUUCUAUUCACAUGACUCUAAGCUCUAGCCAAUUGGGUGCCACCUUUCGAUCUGAGUUAACCAGGAGGAUAGGGAAAAAAUAAUUUUCCCUUUGGAUGACGUUCCGUUUUUUAUUAAUCUUUUCGCAAACGUCGAAAGUGGUGGCCAUCUGUCUCUAGUAGCACCAAAGUGACUGUGAGGUUACAACUGGCCCCUGUAUUCCUCAAUCGCUCCUGUGAAUUCCUGACUUGUUCACCCAGCCCCAAAUCCUAACCAUGGAACCCACCAAAGUUCAGUCCGAAGGAGGGCUCAAUGUCACUCUGACCAUCAGGCUCCUUAUGCAUGGAAAGGAGGUUGGCAGCAUUAUUGGCAAGAAAGGGGAAACUGUGAAGAAGAUGCGCAAAGAGAGUAGUGCGCGUAUAAACAUUUCAGAGGGGAACUGUCCAGAGAGGAUUGUGACCAUCACAGGACCCACAGAUGCCAUUUUCAAGGCCUUCGCCAUGAUCGCGUACAAGUUUGAAGAAGAUAUCAUUAACUCUAUGAGCAACAGUCAGGCCACAAGUAAACCUCCAGUGACUUUGCGCUUGGUGGUGCCGGCCAGCCAGUGUGGCUCUCUAAUUGGGAAGGGGGGUUCUAAGAUCAAGGAGAUGAGGGAGUCUACAGGUGCACAGGUGCAGGUGGCUGGAGACAUGCUGCCCAAUUCCACUGAGCGGGCAGUCACUAUUUCAGGUGCUCCUGAGGCCAUUAUCCAGUGUGUAAAACAGAUCUGUGUGGUUAUGCUGGAGUCCCCACCCAAAGGUGCCACGAUUCCGUACAGGCCCAAGCCUGCCACCACACCAAUUAUUUUCUCUGGUGGGCAGGUAAGAGCAGACACUCUGGCAGCACCGGCCACAGCCAAUCUCAGCUUGUUACUGCAACAUCAGCCUCUGCCUACAUACACCAUUCAGGGACAAUACGCCAUCCCACACCCGGACUUGACAAAGCUCCAUCAGCUGGCUAUGCAGCAUACCCCCUUUACCUCCCUUGGACAGACCACCCCUGCUUUCCCUGGUCUGGAUGCCAGUUCACAGGCCAGUACUCAUGAACUCACCAUUCCAAAUGAUUUAAUAGGCUGCAUAAUCGGACGCCAGGGCACCAAAAUUAAUGAAAUCCGUCAGAUGUCUGGAGCUCAGAUCAAAAUUGCUAAUGCCAUGGAGGGGUCAACAGACCGUCAGAUCACCAUCACGGGCACUCCUGCCAACAUCAGCCUGGCACAGUACCUCAUAAAUGCCAGGUUCAGAGAUGUGGCAGCCAUGUGGACUGAUCCUUCGACCAUGACCACCUCCUGAAGUCAUUAUGCUCUUUUCAUCUGACAGUACGCUAUUGAAUGGUUUUUGGGCCUCCGCAGUCUUUGUAAAACCUGAAUAAGACCUAAUGUAGUCAGAAGUUUGUUUCUCAGGAUGUCUGGAUCGCAUUUUAUGUAAUUCAGCCUGUUUAUUCCAUAAAACAAGUAUUCUAAUUAGCAACCUGUAUUUAAAUCAUUUGUAUGAAAUAAUUAUCUUGGAAUUGUGUCUGUGUACAAUGAUAUAUAAUUAACUUUCUUGUUAAUUAGAUUUUAGUUUUAGAACAGAAAACUUAGCAUGCUGAAUGUCUAGCAUCUGUUAUGCUCUUAUUUAUCUUAAAUGCUUUCUCAAUAUUUUAUAUUUAAAAAUGUAUUCAAGUAAUCACACAUGUAAUGUAAUAAAUAAAUACAAUAAAAUACUUGAUGUAUUAUUUAUUAUUUAGAUCUGCAUGUGGCUGAAAAGAUGGUCCUUAAAAGAAAUCUAUUAUAACAAGACUUUCACAGUGCAUAAUUGAGGUAGAAAUUGCUAGUUUAUAUAUAGGCAGACAGUAAAUUUCACUCAGCUGUUAAUAAUAUACACAAAGGAACAAUGCCUAAUAAUGCCUAAUUUGUUUAUUACUCAUUUAAAAUAUUCACCUUUCCUCUGGUUCUAAAAUAAUCCUCUAUUCAACAUCUACAGUACAAUUACAGACAGAGAGACCGCUGCAUGUGUAGUCUGACCAUUUUCAGCCUUUCAAAAAGACUAAUGUAUGAUUGAUUGUUUGAUUUUUCUUGGAUAAAAAUAUUAUUCACUACAUGUGUAGCUAAUAGUUUAUGACGCAAUACUGAAACUUUAUUUAAUGCUUCGUAGUGCACUGUAUGCAAUAAUGUGAAUAAUGUUUUUGAACUUUUAUUGACUGUGUCAUGUUUAUUGGUGUUAACCGUAAACCAUUAGUAAGUGAUGUUUAUUUGGCAAUGUAUUUGUGAUUAUAAGGAGGCAAGUCAUGGAAGUUAAUUUGAAUGUAAUGAUAUGAUCUUUUAAUGAGACAUUUGCUAUUUAAAGAGGUUCCAGGCAGUCUAAAACAACAGCCUACAUAUGUUGAUUUUGCUUGUCGGGUGAUUUUAGGUUUUCUUUUCAAUUGUGUCUCAAUAGUUUGUUUAACAGUUCGCUUUGCAGAAUGUUUAUUAUUUAUAUCAAUGGACUUGAUGAGUUUCAUUCUAAUGUAUAACUAAUUUAUGUAUGCAUUUUAGUGUUGUGAUGAUUUGUAUGUAAGAUACAAUGUUAUUUACUCCAACUGCAUUGCAAGAGUUAUUAAUAGGAAGCCAAUAAGUGAUCUAUCUGUUUCUUUUCCAGUUGCUAAGAUAGUUUAAUGUACUCUAGUAAAACAUAAACUAUUUUGUAUUCAUUCAUACCAAUAAAAUUGGGUCCAAAUGUACAAGAAUAAUAAAUAUUCUGAAUG